ACUCUCAAUGACCCAGACGAAGCCUGAGGACAACCUUAGAGACUGUUGCACGGUGACCCUAGGGCCAAACAGCCUCCUUGGAUGACUUUCUUUUACUAUCAUCGAACAGCAGAUUUGAGAGAAAUCCAACAGCAGAGGCAUGGCAGCAUCCUCAGCAGCCAGGGGCAAACCCUCACAGAAAUCAGAUUCUCCGCUUAAAAUUUUCCGAGACCCAAAAGUAGUUUUCGCUUUUGCUUUGAUUUUCAUCGAUGCCCUCCUCGUCUUUCUCAUCAUCACCUUCGUCCCUUACACAAAGAUCGAUUGGGAUGCUUACAUGUCACAGGUUACUGGGUUUCUUCAAGGAGAAAGAGAUUACACGAACCUGAAAGGCGACACGGGACCUCUGGUUUAUCCAGCUGGAUUCCUGUAUGUUUAUUCUGCUAUACAUUAUGUUACCGGCGGCCUAGUGUACCCAGCUCAGAUUCUAUUUGGCAUUCUUUACAUUGUAAAUCUGGCGAUCCUCCUAUUUAUAUACUUAAAGACUGAUGUGCUUCCAUGGUGGGCUCUUUCCUUGCUGUGUCUGUCAAAAAGAGUGCACUCAAUCUUUGUGCUUCGCCUCUUCAAUGACUGUUUUGCUGUCACUCUCCUCCAUGCUGCGCUGGCCUCACUUCUCUUCCAGAGGUGGCAUCUGGGUUUGAUUAUUUUCAGUGGAGCUGUUUCGAUAAAGAUGAAUGUGCUUCUUUAUGCUCCGCCUUUAUUACUCCUCAUGUUGAAGGCUAUGAAUAUUGGUGGAGUGAUAUCGGCUUUAGCAGGUGCAGCAAUAGUGCAGAUUCUGGUGGGGCUACCUUUUAUUGUAUCACACCCAGUUGCAUAUAUAUCAAGGGCUUUUAAUCUUGGGCGUGUCUUCAUCCACUUUUGGUCUGUUAACUUCAAAUUUGUUCCUGAACCAAUUUUUGUAUCAAAACCAUUUGCGGUUUCAUUGCUGGUUGCUCACCUCAUACUGCUUGCAACUUUUGCUCAUUAUAGGUGGUGCAAGAAUGAGGGAGGACUUCUCAAUUUUUUGCAUUCUAGAUUUGUUUCUAUGAAGCUGGGAGUUACUGGUUCUAGUUCCUUCUUCAAGCAGUUAUUCAGUUGUAACUCAACCUGCAAAAUCCUCAAUGAAGAUCACAUUGUAACCACUAUGUUCGUGGGGAACUUCAUCGGCAUCCUAUGUGCCCGUUCUUUGCAUUAUCAGUUCUACUCCUGGUAUUUCUUCAGCUUACCAUAUCUUCUCUGGAAAACGCCUUUUCCUACAUUUUUGCGAUUAAUUUUAUUUGUAGGAGUGGAACUCUGCUGGAACGUAUACCCCUCAAACAUCUAUUCAUCUGCCUUGCUCCUCUGUAUCCACUUAGUUAUACUAUGGGGUCUCUGGACUGCCCCAGCUGAAUAUCCUUAUGUCAAUGAUAAAUCAUUAACAAGAAACAAGAACAAAUGAAGUGGAAAUUUUGUCUGUCCUCCUGUUAUUUAUCUAGUUUAAAUCUUUGAACUUUUUAUACCCAUAAGUGCAAAACAGGCUAAUUUUCCUUUUUUCUUCCUCCA